GUUUAUGAGUAUGGGUCCCUGAUGAGAACAGUGCAGUACUCGUUGUGCCCCACCCACUCGCCCGUUAUCUGUACCCGCUCUGUCAUCUAGAAAACCAAAACGAAGAAAGGACAAGGUCAAGGAUAAGGAAAUAAAAGGUGAACGCAAACGCAUAGUCUGUACUUCGCUUUAGUUUUCCGAAGUAAGCCGCUUGUACCGUACUAGGAACGCCCUGGAACUGCUACAUACGAGCUGUACUAGUAAUGUCUUUCUCUUUGCCAUGCUGUAAAAAGAAGUGACGGUUUUUUAGGAUGACACAAGCUCAAUUUGUUACUGUUUAUCCUUGCCACUGGUCAAAAAAAUAAGCUUAACCAUAUUGACGUUGACCAACUCAAUAAAUAUAAGGGCAAAGCGUAACCAAGUCCUCUUCGUUCCGACCCCAACGCUCCGUGAAAAACAAAAAUGACGCGGCUGAAACUUCUACCCCCGUUCCUCCAUUUGCCUCGCUCCGGCCUCCUGAAGACGUUGCUUCUGGCGUUCCUCUAUAACCCCGAACUUCAAACAGGAUCAACCUCUGUUUUCGCCGUCGUGCCCCCCACCACCGACCCAUGCGACAACUUGAAGACCACCCGCGGAAAAACCGGCUGCGUCCAGCUAUCGGCGGACCUGGAAUAUUUUCUUUUGUUCAACAAAAUGAACCCCACUUCGCCACCCACAAGUCCACCGGAGUUCCAGUUCACGUUGUUGGUGCAAAAGCCGAAUCUGCUCGUGAACAAAUGGCUGGGUUUGGGCAUCGGGCUGUCCGGCGGCAUGCGGGGCGCGGACUUUCUGAUGUUGACAAAGCCGAGUGGGCAAACCAGUUGGGUGGCCUCGGACCGGUACAGCGACGACUACGGGCGGCCCUUCGAGGACAAGCAGCAGGACUACGUGAUCGUCUCGCAAACGGAGGACACGAGCAAGUUAGAGAUCGUGGUGAAGCGAAGAUUAGACACCUGCGACUUCUUCGACAUGAAAUUAAACCCCUACGAGGCUAACUUCUGUCUAUGGGCUUACGGGACGGCGUCGGAUACAGAUAGCACGACCGGAACUUCUUCUAGUAGUACUACUUCCUCCCGACACAGCAUGCACAGCUCCAACCAGCGCGGAUCUACCAUGUGCGACUUUUGGACUCGGUCCGCCGUGCCCGUUUACAGCAAUACCAUCGACUACCCAGUGCGGGCGCACCACGGGGUGGACGUCACGGCAAAGGCGGAAAUCAAAACGGAGCACUUGGUAAAAUCCGUGUCGGUGCAAAACCAGUACGUCACGGCGUUUCUGUCCACGAAGCAGAUUUUCACGGACUACAACCCGGCGACCGAGGGCCCCAAGCCCUCGCCUCGGUGGAUCACCAAGAUCGAGCCGCUCAUCGACAACCAGGCGUUGCUUCACCACAUCGUGUAUCAAUUGUAAAAAUGUCUGAGUCUGGAAGAUUGGAACUUGUGAUGCUAAAUCUGAACGAUGCAAAAAUCUGUGUUGCGUGAGUACCAAAAGCUGUCCGCUUUUGACCAAGUUGAGAGGGAGUUUCUCAUGCAGGAAAGGCACGCUAGAGACCUCAAAAAAUCUGUCAUGCUGGGUCUCGCAUUCCAGACCUCAUGGGUCAUGGAAAACCUGCAUCACAAAUCUUGCACUUUUCCAGGCCCAGACAUUUUUACAUUUGAUAUCGUGCUCUAUUCGUGUCCGACUUUGACCCACGACACCCUGCCCGCGACGGUGUACGACGUCCUCAUGGUGGAAACCUGCGACCGAUUGAUUCUUGCCUGGGCGGUGGGGGGAAACGGGAUCACCUUUCCGAACGACGUGGCCUUCAAAUUGGGGGAGCGGGAGGAGGUGAUCGCCCUCAACAUGCACUACUACAAUCCAAAUCUGGUCCCGAACCAGAAAGACGCGUCCGGCUUCACCUUCACCGCAUUGACACUCGCCAGCGGACUGAGGCCGAAGUACGAAUCCGAUAUCUGGCUCUUCGGCGACCUGUUUUACCAGGUAAAAAUGUUUGCCGAGGACAAGAUCAAGAUGAACUUGUUGGAUGUGGAUCACUAUUAAUUUCGUAGAAAAUACAUCGAGUCCUGAUCUGCAGUGUGCAGUGCUGCACAACAGAUGUAGAUGUUCUUUAUGAAGCAAUAUCAUACUUCGAAAAAUUUUUCGCACAUCACAGGGCUUGGGCAAUUCCAAACUCCAUCCGAAUUACCACUUCACCCACUAUUGCCCGGCUACCUGCAUCGAAGACAUGCUGGAGGCGAAAGAGCUGACCGUGCUGCAGCUCGGCUACCACGGUCACUUCGAUACGCAACGGUCCGAAGCGGGACUGAUCCAGCUGGAGCGCUCGGUUUUCUCGGAGGUUGUAUCCUCCAGCACGAACAGCUCCUUCACUGCGGCCCUGCAGCCGGGGCCCCUAUGCAUUGCAAAUUAUAUGUCUGGGUCUGGAAGAUUGCGAGAUUUGUCAUGCUGGUCUGGCAUGACCCUAAACUCCGAUUUGCGUGGCAGCGAAACGCUCCUCUUGCCUGUCAUGCAAAAACGCAGUUUCUCAUGCGGAGCACGCAACUCAGAACCACGGAAAAACUUGUCAUGCUUGCCAGCCCACCAUUGCAGUGUGCUCAUUAUACCCUUUCUUGCAUCACAAGUCUCCAGACGACCCAGACAUAUUUGCAUUGGAUAGCCACAGUACCUGUACGAUUACAACCAUCAAAAGCUCGUUAUGGCGUUCUCAAACGUUACAUUCUCAAGCGUUACAUGAAUUUGUCAUGCAAGAAUGGCAAAAACGAAAGGAGGGAGCUUGCGCGUCUUGCAUGACAGAUUUGGUACAGAUUUAGACGCUGUUUCGCCAUUCGAGAACUUGUCAUGCGAAGCAGCUCGAUCGUCUGGUGGCUCAUGGUCAUUUUGCAUGACAAAUUCAUGCAACAGUUGAGAAUGUAACGUUUGAGAAUCCCAUACUCGUGGAGUCGGAGCUGAAGAUCGAGCGGGGCAAGCACGGUACCUACGUACGGUGCACGUGGGACUUUUCCAAGCGCCACUACACCAUGUCGUACGGGGACGGAUCCAACGACGAAAUGUGCUUUGCGCUGUGGCAGUACUACCCGCGCCAGCCGAGCCUGGGGCACGGAACCUGUGCCUUCUCGCUGGACGACCGUACCUGGCUGCCGGCGUACCGGGAAAAGUCUCGGCAGUACUAUCCUGUGCAAAAACGUACCCACACCACAGUUGUAAUGCAGAUUUGCAAAGACAGGAAGACUUGUAAUGCGCAUCCCCAUGAGAGCCAUUUCCAAUCGUGUUUUGGAAUUUGUGAUGCUGUGAACAGGAUGAGCAGAUGAAUUUGUGACGCGGCUGCACUUGCUAACCUGCACUACACUGCAUAGUGCAACUUGUCAUGCGUGACUCACAAAAUUCCUAGGCUUGUGUUGCAAAAUCCUCAUCCUGACUCUGGUGUGGGUACGUUUUUACUCAGGAUAAGUAUUGCGAGAAGUUCUGCGAAAAAGCCGUGCCGGAAACGAAGGGGUACUACGUGAAGAAACCGGCCUGGACUCUGGCCAAUGACGGCGAUUUGUUCGCGGGUCAGUCGGCCAGUCCGACGGAUUUCUCCACCUACGGCGGGAGACUGGAGAUCCGCCCGAAGCAAACGCUGGUCAGCGAAAUGCAAAGCGCCUGCAAGCAGUGCUCGCACACGGAGCGGCUGUGGCAGCAGUACGUGCCCUGCGAAACCUGUGCCUCGUUGAACAUCACGGACGACUGCUCCGUGCUCGCCUACCGGGGCUGGUGUCCCGACAGCAUUUUGCCGUCCCAUUCUUCCUAUCUCAGCGACCUGGCCACUCGAAACGCAGCGAUCGAUACGUUUGCGGCCGCUUUUUACGAGGAAGAAGAAGCCAAACUCUGUUCCCACUACUGCGCCAUCGGCAAGGAGCAAAAAUCCCUGUGGAGCUGCCUCCGGUCCGGCCGGCACACGUACGCGGGCGCGAAAAACGAACACUUUCCGGUCCGCGUGCCGGACAAGGAAACCAGCACGGCGGUGUGCGCCGCGACGCCCAGCACCUACAAAACCGCCUUACCCGACAAGCAGAACCAGUGCAGCGGUCACGCCGACUGUCUCCCCUUCGAGUACUGUGCGGACACAGCGACGUGGUUCAGCAAGGACAUGGUGUGGCAGACGACAGUCGAGAAUCGAAGAUUUUGCCGCAGCUGCAGCCACUGCUGCAAUAUGCUGAUAAAAAAGUUGUAACCGUACAACAUCUAGAACUGGUGUUUGCAUCGUCCUCGCACAACAUGUCUUCAGAGUGCAGAACGGAGUUUGUGAUGCAAAGGAGGCAGAAUCUUCAGCUUCAGAUUGAAAAGCACAUUUGUCAUGCGCGUCGUGCAAGAGGACGACUGCCAUUAUCCCUACGAGUAAGUGUAAGCAUCUGGGAGUGGUACAACUUGUUUUGCGAUGCAUAUGCAAAAGGAUCGACUCCGUGACGACCGCAACGGGGUGCCCAAGCCACUGCUCCUGCCUGGAGCACCCGAACUCCGCGAGUUGUCAGAAGCUGGGAGCUAUCAAUUGUAAAAGUGUCUGGGUCUGGAAGAAUGCAAGUUUGUCAUGCUUGUCUCGCAUGACUUGAGAAUCUGUUUUGCAUAGGCACGAAAAGGCCCUCUUAACUGUCAUGGAAAAACGCAGUUUCUCAUGCGGAAUACGUAAGACAUGGGAGCAAAAAAAUUUGUCAUGCAUAGCUGCGUACUGCAGUCCGUCUACCAUUCACUUUUAGCAUCACAAGUUUCCAGACCCAGAAAUUUUUGCAUUUGAUAGGAGCGGAUCGCAUGCUCUGCAGCGCACUACCGGACACGGGCACUACGGCGACUCUCGCGUCCACGGUGUCGCCGAAUAAUCAGGGAAACCAGUGCAUCCAGAACAGCGAACUCCCGGGUUUAAACGCAACGGAGGUAUCGCAGCACCUGUGCCCCGCGCACUGCCCGUUGACCGUCAUCCCGGCGAACACUUGGGUGCACUACGACCACGGGGGGAGGGUUUGCGAGGCCUGCCGCGACUAUGACGACGUGUUCGAAAAGCGCAUGACCAACUACAUCGGGCAGUUCAUGAGCUCGACGAGUUCGCUGACGGACCUGCUGAAGCCCUACGUUUGCAGUCGCGCCGAGUAUCAAGUGCAAAAGUAUCGUAAUUGUAGUAAUCGCAGUCAUGCAUUACAAAUCGCCAUCCCAAGGCAAAUCAGCAUGACGAAUUCCGUUUCUCAUGCUCAGCUAAUUUGUCAUGCGAUUUAUACUAGUGCGAUACUUUUGCAAUGCAUACCGAGCACAUUCUGGCGAUUUUGAAGCCGUUCAACCCCUUCAUCCACGUGACCCUGCAGGGCCACGUACCAACGGGAAAAAUCCCCCCUCCCCAUAUCGAAACGAAGUUUCUAAUGCUGGAUUUGCGUACACAAACCAGGUCUGUCUUGCUGGAGAGGACUGCAGACAUAUGCUAAGCCUGAGUCGAGAGGUUUUGACGUAGGCGACUAGCAUGACAAACGUCUAUGCUGUAAGCUCAACAGCAUCACAAACCGCCUGCAUAGCGCGGCGGACUCUCUGGCUUUGCCUUCUUGCAACACAGACAGGAUUUGUGGCCACAAAUCUGCAUCACAAAUUGUCAGACGGAUGCGCUUGCAAUAUGGGGAGGGGGGAUUUUUCCUCACAAUACCACGCUUUCGAGCUCUGCCGCUGGUCGCUCCGGGAACAAGUGUGCAGACAGCAGGUAGACAGUUCCGGUGGCGCCGCCGUCAGUCAAGCAGUGGCGGAAACCUCGGCAGCGACGGGGCGUGGUCGUGCUCCAUCGAUUCAUGCUUGGACGAUUGGGAUGUUGCUUGGUUUUGUGGUCUACCUUGCCUCGGCGUUUUAUUGA